UAACCUCCCUAUUUAUAACACCAAAAAAUACCUGUCCCUCCACGCCUAAAGGAGAUAUCUAGGGAGAGAGAAUAACCCUUCUUUCUUUCUCUUCUCCUUCACUAUUAAUACAUAAUAGAGUUGAUCUCAGCCGUUGGAUCAUACCAUAUCAAACAGCUAAUUGUGAUCCAAUGGCCAUGGCUAGCUCUCUCUCAAAAUCUAAGCUCCUAAUCAACCAGGCUCUUCCCCUCUCCAAUAUCAUCUCUCGGAUGGGGUACGUGGCGUCAUCUGAAGGGUCCGUAGGGCUAGGAUUAAGUAAGGGAGGGUGUAUGAUAAAGAAUAAGAAAGUGGAAGAGAGACCUCUUAACAAGUACUCAACAGAAGAGGAAUCGGCCUCUGCAUGGGCCCCAGAUCCAUUAACUGGCUAUUAUAGGCCUGCUAAUCGUGCGGUUGAGAUCGAUCCUGUUGAGCUUCGUCAAAUGCUUUUAAACAAUAAAGUCAGGCCCCUUUAAUUACAUUAUAAUUUAACUCUUACUUACAUAUAUAUUUCCUAAUACUAUAUUAUUACUACAAUACAGCUCUAAAGGAUUCAAGAUUUAUGAUCUUUGUGCUGUUAAUUUUCAAAAAUCUAAUAAUAAUAUAUAUAAAGGUCAAAUUAUCAUUA